GUUAGCGACCGCACCCUAAAGCCCACACAAGUCCCCGUGUCCGAUGAUUUCUCAACUUCUCAACGACAAGCCUAUCUUCAAUUCGAGACAGUCGCCAUGGGUCGUGUCAUCCGCAACCAGAGGAAGGGCCGUGGCUCCAUUUUCACGGCCAACACCCGUCUCAACAAGGCCCCUGCCCAGUUCCGUACCCUCGACUACGCUGAGGCUCACGGAUACACCCGUGGUGUUGUCAAGGAGAUCAUCCACGAUGCCGGCCGUGGUGCUCCCCUCGCCAAGGUCCAGUUCCGCCACCCCUACAAGUUCAAGAUGAUCACCGAGACCUUCAUCGCCAACGAGGGCAUGUACACUGGCCAGUUCAUCUACGCUGGUAAGAACGCCGCCCUCACCGUCGGCAACGUUCUCCCUCUCGCCUCUAUGCCCGAGGGUACCGUCAUCACCAACGUCGAGGAGAAGUCCGGUGACCGUGGUGCGCUCGGCCGUACCUCCGGUAACUACGUUACCGUUAUUGGCCACAACCCCGAGGAUGGCAAGACCCGUGUCAAGCUCCCCUCCGGUGCCAAGAAGGUCAUCAAGAACACCGCCCGUGGUAUGGUUGGUAUCGUCGCCGGUGGUGGCCGUACCGACAAGCCUUUGCUCAAGGCCGGUCGUGCCAAGCACAAGUUCGCCGUCAAGCGCAACUCUUGGCCCAAGACUCGUGGUGUUGCCAUGAACCCCGUCGAUCACCCUCACGGUGGUGGUAACCACCAGCACAUCGGUAAGGCCUCGACCAUCUCCCGCUACGCCACCCAGGGUCAAAAGGCCGGUCUCAUUGCCGCCCGCAGAACUGGUCUGCUCCGCGGUACCCAGAAGACCAAGGAUUAAGCGGUUUAUUUCUUGGAGUUUUUCUUGUGACGGGUUGAAAAUGGAAUUCUGCUAUGAGACAAACGUACUUAGGCGACUGCGGAUGAGCGUCUCAUGCGCCCUUAGCGAAUUAAGGUUGUGGUCACCAUCCUUUCUGUCCAGCAUAACCACGGGGUGAAGAAUAGGGGUCCGAGGAUGGCC